UUUUAAAAUUGUGAAAGAAUUUUGUGAGAGAAUGUCAGAAACAACGGAGCAUGGAGACCCCGGCGAAGUCCGUGUCCCCCGUCUCCUGUGAUGCGGCGGAGCCCAACGCUGACGCUCCCACUCGAGAGCUUCAGACAAGAAAUGCUCCUCAAGUCAGAGCUGGAGGUAUUACAUGGAGGUGGUGGAUAACGGACAGGCGGAACUUCACUGACGACUCAAAACUGGCUACAGCCGCAUUACGACAGUGCAGAAGCUUGGUGAGUCAAGGCAAGCCGCACGUUCCACUGGCCCCGCUCCGCCUCUCUCCGAGUGGUCCAUUGAGUUCCAGCCCCGCCCCCUUGGCAGUGCCAGCUCUUGCAGUGACCAUGACGUCAGAGCUGGAGAGCAGCCUGACUUCCAUGGACUGGCUCCCACAGCUCACCAUGCGGGCGGCCAUCCAGAAGGCGGACAGCGUGGCGCACGCCCACGGGCCGGGUGUAGCCAAGAAGAACGCCCUGCUGGACCCCGGCGGCACCGCCGUGCUGGACCAAGAGGAGGUGCAGCAGCACCGGGAUGGCAAGCCACCCUACAGCUAUGCCAGCCUCAUCUCCUUUGCCAUCAACAGCUCCCCGAAGAAGAAGAUGACCCUCAGUGAGAUCUACCAGUGGAUCUGUGACAACUUCCCCUACUAUCGAGAGGCUGGCAGUGGCUGGAAGAACUCGAUUCGGCACAAUCUGUCGCUGAACAAGUGUUUCCUCAAAGUGCCUCGCUCUAAAGACGACCCCGGGAAGGGCUCCUACUGGGCCAUCGACACGAACCCGAAGGAAGAUGCGCUGCCCGCCAGGUCGAAGAAGAGGCCGCGAUCCAUUGAGCGGGCCUCCACUCCGUACAGCCUGGACUCGGACUCCAUCGGAAUGGACUGCAUGAUGCCUGGAAGUGCCUCUCCAACCCUGGCCAUCAACACUGUGACGAACAAGGUAGCGCUGUACAACACUGACCAGGACGGAAGCGACAGCCCCCGCAGCAGCCUUAAUAACAGCCUGUCCGACCAGAGCCUGGCUUCAGUCAACCUGAACAGUGUGGGCACCGUGCACAGCUACACGCCGGUGAGCGGCCACCCGGAACCCGUGUCCCAGGCCGUGAGCCUCCCGCAGCAGCCGCCCCCGCAGCCACAGUACGGCAUGGUGGAGCGAGACAAGCAGCCGCUCUUCUCGGACUUCGAGGACCUCAGCGCCUCCUUCCGCAGCCUCUACAAGUCCGUCUUUGAGCAGUCCUUCAGCCAGCAGGGUAUGAUGGGCAUGCCGCCAGAUGGUGCACAGCCUCCCCAUGCUGCCUGCCCCUACCAGCAUUCGCCCAGCAGGAGCGUGACCUCCCACCCCCACAGCAGCCAAGGCGGUGCUCCUAAUAGUGGUGGCCAAGUGCCAAUGUCCCACGCUGCCCAGCUCCAGGCCCAGAACACUCGCGGAUCUCCCCACGGGCAGCAUCCUUCUCAGCACCCUUCCCAGCAUGCACAGCAGCAUGGACACCACCCUUCUCAGCAUGCACAGCAACACAACCAUCAUGCCUCUCAGCAGCAUUCACAGCACCCUUCCCAGCAUACACAGCAACAUACCCAGCAUCCCUCCCAGCAGCAGCAGCAGCACUCACAGCACCCUUCCCAGCAUGCACAGCAGCACAACCAGCACCCCUCUCAACAACAGCAGCACUCACAGCACCCUUCUCAGCACGCACAGCACUCGACACACCCAUCCCAGCAUGCACAGCAGCACAACCGGCACUCCUCCCAGCAACAACAGCAGCAGCAACAUCAGAACCACCAGCAUCAGUCAUUAUCACACCAGUCCCACCACUCUGCUCAGCAGACGAUGUCCUGCAAUUCGGGUGUUCCCUCUGACUGGUACACCAACCUCGAUGCACUGAAAGAGAGCUGUCGCAUCGCCAGUAGCUAUAACUGGGCAGACGUCGACCUCUCGCCCUUUCAAGGGCUGAGAGAGAGCAUGCGACAAGCCGACCUCAAUAACUGGUCCCUGGACCCUGCACAGGUCGCGGACCUCUGCUCGUCAAUAAAUCAGUUCUUCAUGCGCACUGGCGUUAUCUCGCCACCGGGGGCAGUGCAGAACCCCGUGUGUCAUGGAUCAAUGCAUCUCGGCAAGUCGAACCAGCACCUAAAUACAGGAAAUCUCUAUAUGGACUCCAGGCAAAACAUGUCCUCCAUGAUGGGGCCUCCAGGCUACCCACACAUGCCUCCUAUGAGCAGCGCAGGUCCAACCUUGACAGGGCACCACGCACAGAUGAACCAGCCCCACAUGAUUCCACCUGGGAGCUUCCAGAUGCGUCGCAUGGCCGUCGACGACAUCCAGGACGACUUUGACUGGGACUCCAUUGUGUAGGGCCUCUGUGCCGUGGGCGUGGCCACGAGCCGUGCGGGGGAGGAGGAGGGGCUGAAGAGCACCGGGAUGGGCUGUCCCUGGCCUGGAGAGGAAGACAGCUGGAGGCGGAGCUUCUGGACCCCGCUCCCCCCUUUACACAUCAACGCAAGACCAACAGAGAGCCACUUAGAAGACAAUCAUAUUCAGUCGGGCGAGAGUUUAAAUGAUCGCUUUUGUAACAUCAGGCAGGUCACAUGGUUUUUUGCUGAAUCAGCUUCCUUAACCUUCCUGGUUCCCUAACCGAGCGACUCUUAGUGUAAUUGCCCUAUUAUGGGCUCCCAGACACAGACCUCCAUGCUCUCGCUUCAGCGCUGUCCCUCGCUACAUCCUUUCAGGGAGGUGUGUGUGGCGGUGGGAGUGUAACCAACCGCAUGGGACCUGUGACCUAGCAUCCCUUUCUGCAUUUCCAUUUCACAUAUCUUCACUUAGCUGAUGGUCUUAUCCAGAGUGACAUACAUGCCCAAAGUGGUAAAAAGUGUAACACACUCAGAACCAAGAGAAGAGCGAAUGAAGGCUUUGCUUCAAUUGACCUUUAAAGGUAACCACAUGGAUUUCCACUGUUUUGUUAAUUAGGCUGCAGGUUUAUGCAAGCACAACCGUAGUGGAACAGGGUAAGCGGUUUUACAAUCUAUCUGACCCCACAGAGACUGUGAUUUCACUGACCCUGAUGGGCAUUUGGAAACAGGUCAGCUUUUUUGACCAGUAGUGCUAAGAAUGUGGGUUAGAGCACCACCUAGUGUGUGUUCCUGGACAGGUGAUCUUAGAAAGAAGAAAGAAAGAAAAAUAAUUUGGGAGUUAUUGCAGUAUUAAUGUUAUAUUUACAUUUGUGUAUUACUUAUGAUUGCAGGACUUUCUGAAGGGUUCAUACUGAUAUUAAUUAAUAAGCCAAAAUUUUUCUUUUUUUUCCUUUGUGAAAUGUCCAAAUUGCUCACUUUUCCUUAGCCUAUAUAAAUAAAUACUCCCAAGACACACUGUGUUUAUCAGUUAAUAAGCAAGAAAUGUGUUCAUUUUGGUUCGGUCAAAGGGUCAUGUCUGUCAGUUUGCUAUAUUUGUCUCAUUUUUAGUCAGAGGCCACACUCGUUCUGGCGUGCACGUGCGCCGUACGUUCUGCUUGACAAUAAACGGGCACCGCCGUUGUGCACUUCGACAACAAUUCCGGCUGUGUGCGCACGCGUGAGCGUGAUCUGCAGACACUUGCACAUCCAUUGGAGAGAUCAAGCAGAAGGUAGCCGAUGAGUAAUUUUACUUAUAAGGUGUUAUAUUUUUUCAGACACAAUGUGUCAUUGAUGAUCAGUAGGAGGACAUGCAAAAGCCUCGGUUACCCUGUUUGCUGCAAAGUAACCCGACAAAACUCUUGACUCGACUGAGCCUCCUGCGGGAGUCCUUAUUGUGGUGAAUCAAAUGUUGCUUUGCUCACUGCGCGCUGAGCAGACAAGCUGCAGUGAUGCGAUUAUGGCCGAGGGAGGUUAAAUACUUAGCAUUUCAGCGAACAUUGAAGAGAUAUGUGUGUAACAAUACUCAACUGCAAUAUUGUAUGGGAAGACAAACUAAAUCAUGUUUUGCUUAUUAAAAUAUCAGGCAUCAUGCAUGUAUAAUAAUGGGUAUACUAGUAUUAUCUGGUUUAUUCCGUAUUACUUAGUUUAAUUUAAAAGGCCACCAAGUGGUGUGGUGAUUAGAGCCAUUGCUCCAGUCUGAAGGUUCCCACUUCAAACCCCCACUCCUGCUGUAGUAUCUGUGAUCAAGGUUAUUAACCUUCAUUUGAUACAGUAAGAAUAUCUUUCUGCAUAAAUCAGUAAAUAAUAAUGAUAACA